CUUGCGGGGAAAAAAUGGAUGAAUCAGAGAAGAGGAAGCAGGUCAGGUUUAGGGAACCACCUUCAGUUCCAUUUCUAUGGGAACUAAGACCGGGCACCCCCAAAAAAGAUUGGAAACCAGAGCCUCCUUCGUCAUCUUCAUCGUGUUUUUCUUCUUCUGCAGCAUCAGUUUCUCAUUUCUCCCUCGAUCCAGAAACCAAGCUCGUUGAUAUGGAGUCUUCAUCAUCUUCAUCGUGUUUUUCUUCUUCUGCUGCAGCAUCAGUUUCUCAGGUUCCUAAGCCUCCAAUCAAACUAAUCGCCUCUAUUCCCUUUGCAUGGGAAGAAAAGCCUGGAACACCCAUUCCUCGUUUCUCCCUCGAUGCAGAAACCAAGCUCGUUGAUAUGGAGUCUUCAUCAUCUUCAUCGUGUUUUUCUUCUUCUGCUGCAGCAUCAGUUUCCCAGGUUCCUAAGCCUCCAAUCAAACUAAUUGCCUCUGUUCCCUUUGCAUGGGAAGAAAAGCCUGGAACACCCAUUCCUCAUUUCUCCCUCUAUCCAGAAACCGAGCUCGUUGAUAUGGAGUCUUCAUCAUCUUCAUCUUCUUCAACUUCUUCUGCUACUGUUGCUGCAGCAUCAGUUUCUCAGGUUCCUAAGCCUCCAAUCAAACUAGUUGCCUCUAUUCCUUUUGCUUGGGAGGAAAAGCCCGGAACACCAAUUCCUCAUGUCUCACUCAAUUCAGAAGCCAAGUUCAUUGAUUUGGCAUCUCCAUCAUCUUCAUCUUCAUCUUCAGCAUAUCAUGUUGCCUGCAGAGAAAGAAGCUGUGAUAGCAGCUUUGCUGAAUGUAGUGAUACUGAUAUGUAUGACAGUGUAAUUAGCAUUGAACCAGAGUCAUUUGGUUGUUCAGAUCCUUCUUUACCAGCAUCAGAUAAGCUUUCUUCUGAGAUUCCGCUGCAGAAAAGUUCAUUGAGUGAGCAUCACUGUGAACAGAUUGUUGAGUCAUCAUGUUCAUCCCCAGCUUCUGAGAAUGGAAGCAGCACAAGCAGCUAUGAAACAGGGAGGUCAAGUCUGGUUGGAGCUUCCUUCCUCGAGAGUCUAUUUCCAUUGUUUCCACCUAACACUGGCUUCCUUGAGAAAACUGGAUCUUCUUCAACUCCAUUGGAACUGAAGGAAAGCAGAGAUUUUGAUGGAGAGGAAGAUAAUAGCACUGCCAUGUUAAGGAAGCCACCAACACUUGGAGAGCUAAUCAUGAUGAGCAGAAGAAGAAGCUGCAGAAGGAAAGCUGUUCAGAUGGGAAACAGGGAUCUUCAAAGGAGUAUUAGAAAAAAGGAAGCUUUUGGAUGCUUCAUGUUUGCUUCUAGCUGCAAGAUGAUUGAAGGAUUGUUCGACAAAAAGUUUUUGCCCAGACUGAAACUGGUGUAGCUGUAUCAAGGAAUGUUUAACUGGGGAGACUGCUCCCCAAAGAUCAGAAGCUCAUUGUCCCUACUGAUCCAACAUGAAUCUGAAUUAAGUUUAGCAGUUCUAGCAUCUCUGGUGUGGUUUUGUGGGCUUUCUACGUUAGGAUUAUGGAUUGUAAAAGAAUGUUACUUCCGGAGUGUUAUUUGAGAUUUUACAAUUUAAAUGAACUCAAAUGUGCACAUUCCUUCCUUUAACUUCGGUAA